GCCACGUCUGCGGACUCGGAGCCCGGGCGUGUGGCAGCGGCGGUCCCCCGGAGGGUGUCUGUGCGCGCGGUGAGGGAGCCGCGUGUGCUGGCGGAAACAUGGAUUUAGCUGCUGUCACAGAACACUCCGCGUUGCAUGCCAAGCCCGCCGGACUCACUCUUCAGUAUGGGACUGCUGGGUUUCGAACGAAGGCCGAACAUCUCGAUCACGUGAUGUUUCGCAUGGGAUUAUUGGCUGUGCUGAGGUCAAAACAGACACAAUCCACCAUUGGAGUCAUGGUGACAGCAUCACACAAUCCUGAGGAAGACAAUGGUGUCAAAUUGGUUGAUCCUCUGGGUGAAAUGUUGGCACCUGCCUGGGAGGAACACGCGACCUGUUUGGCCAACGCUGAGGAGCAGGAUGUGAGGAGGGUGCUCGUGGACAUCAGCGAGAAAGAAGCCGUGAAUCUGCAGCAAGAGGCCUUUGUAGUCAUCGGCAGAGACACCAGGCCCAGCAGUGAGAAACUUUCACAAUCUGUAAUCGAUGGUGUGACUGUCAUAGGAGGUCAAUUCCAUGAUUAUGGCUUGUUAACAACACCGCAGCUCCACUACAUGGUGUACUGUCGAAAUACUGAUGGCCAGUAUGGAAAGGCAACCAUAGAAGGCUAUUACCAGAAACUCUCCACGGCUUUUGUGCAGCUUACCAAACAGGCUUCCUGCAGUGGAGAGGAUUACAGAUCACUGAAGGUCGACUGUGCAAAUGGCAUUGGGGCCCUGAAGCUAAAAGAAAUGCAGCACUACUUCUCACAGGGGCUGUCGGUUCAGCUCUUCAAUGACGGGACCAAAGGGAAGCUCAAUCAUCUGUGCGGGGCCGACUUUGUGAAAAGUCAUCAGAAACCUCCACACGGAAUGGAAAUGAAGCCCAAUGAGAGAUGCUGUUCCUUUGAUGGAGAUGCAGACAGAAUUGUUUAUUACUACCUUGGCGCAGAUGGUCACUUCCAUCUCAUAGAUGGCGAUAAGAUAGCCACGUUAAUUAGCACUUUCCUUAAAGAGCUCCUGUUGGAGAUUGGAGAAAAUUUGAAUAUCGGUGUUGUACAGACCGCGUAUGCAAAUGGAAGUUCAACAAGUUAUCUUGAAGAAGUUAUGAAGGUACCUGUCUACUGCACUAAAACGGGUGUAAAACACUUGCAUCACAAGGCUCAAGAGUUUGACAUUGGAGUUUAUUUUGAAGCAAAUGGGCAUGGCACAGCACUGUUUAAAAAAGCUGUUGAAAUGAAGAUAAAACAACUAGCAAAGGAAUUGGACAACAGGAAACAAAAAGCUGCUAAGAUGCUUGAAAACAUUAUCGACUUGUUUAACCAGGCAGCAGGUGAUGCUAUUUCUGACAUGCUGGUGAUUGAAGCCAUCUUGGUGCUGAAGGGCCUGACUGUACAACAGUGGGAUGCACUCUAUACGGAUCUUCCAAACAGACAACUCAAGGUUAAGGUUGCAGACCGAAGAGUUAUUAGCACCACGGAUGCUGAAAGACGAGCAGUCACGCCCCCAGGACUACAGGAGGCUAUCGAUGCCUUGGUGAAGAAGUACAAGCUCUCACGGGCUUUUGUCCGGCCCUCUGGCACUGAAGAUGUGGUCCGAGUAUAUGCAGAAGCAGACUCACAAGCAAGUGCAGAUAGCCUUGCACAGGAAGUGAGCCUGGCAGUGUUUAAGCUGGCUGGAGGCAUUGGAGAAGAACCACGUUUCUGAAGAUAAUUUUUAUAUUCCUGAGAAACUGGAUUUUUACAAGUUUUUAUAAAACUGUCACAAAGACAUUUAUAAUUAUACGGUUUACAAUGCACCUUACUGGCUUAUUUCUAGAUCUCCCUGUUUUUCUUAAACACUACAAGAAUAAUCCUUUAGAAAUAGCUAAGCCUUAUUCUUAAUUAAACUUACCUCUAACUUCGGUUUCACUAAGGUGAAAUACUGGGAUUUAAUUAUGUCAUUUGGUCAUUAACUUGACAAUGGAUGCAGGGGACAACUCAUGCUGGCUGUUGGAAAAUUAAAUCUGUUGCCACA